CUAACCCAUUCCAGGCGUAAUCAUUAGUUAGUCCCAUCACUGAGGUUUACCAGCCUCGUCCACACAACUAAGUUAGCUAGCGGUGUAUCUUCAAAAGACAAGUGCAUGUUUGACGCGUAUAGGAGUUUAAUUCACGUAUCUGGGCGGCUGACAGUUACUUGCCGAUAGUUUUGUCCCACCAUGACAGGAAGAGCCGGUGUUUGUUAUUGGGAAACAGGAAGUGAACUGCGUUUCGAAGAACAUUUUUGAUACACCAUCAGUGAUUAUAACUGAUGGUCUCGACUAUUCGUCUAAAGUCCCCCUGAAUUAGCCGAACGCAGACCCAGCAGGGGCAUUAAAGUAUUACCUAGCUAAAGCGUUAUGAGAUCUAUCGGAAUGAGAAACUGAUUUCCUCAGGCAGCUCGCAGCCAGGCCCCGCGGAGCCCGGGACGGACUCGACACGGCAGGGGAGCUGACAGCCGUAGCCCGCUGAGGGCGUUAUCUUAGCCCGCUACCUAAGCAGAUGCGCGUCGUUCUGGACGUGUCUGGACAACCGAGCUAAGAGGACCACCCGCCGCCGCGAGCGAGCAUGGGCGCGGAGAGCAGCGCCGCGCGGGGGUGCGUGCCGGAGGAGCCGCAGCUCGUGCUGCCGUCGGGCCUCUGCAUGUACUCCGCCGUGCUGCAGGACGGGAAGCCCGCCUCGGUGUUCGUCUACCGGCAAGGCAACGAAGACACAGUCAGCAAAGCGGCCAAGCACCUGAAGACUCUCAGACAUCCGAAUCUGCUGCAAUUCCACUCAUGCGCCAUGCAGGACCGAGGGAUCCACCUGGUGACGGAGAGGGUCCGGCCUCUUGAGCCACUUCUGAACAGCCUCACGCCACAGGAGAUCUGCUCGGGCAUCUAUGACCUACUGCAGGCCCUCGUCUUCCUCCACGACAGGGGCAAGUCGAGCCACAACAACGUUUGCGUGUCCUCUGUGUUUGUGAGUGAAGACGGGCACUGGAAGCUUGGAGGGAUGGAGACGGUUUGCAAGUUUAACGAGGCGACACCAGAGUUCCUCGCUAGCAUCCAGGCCGUAAGAGAAGACAGAGCGGUGCCUCCAGAGGAGAAGCUGGACGGAUUCGAUACGCUUCCGGACAUGCAUGCCCACGCGCGAGACGCCUUCUCUUUCGGCGUGCUGUUUGAGUGUCUCCUCCCUCUCCUGAAUGAAUAUGUGUCUGAGGAAUUGGCCGAGAGUCUGAGAGACACGCUGCAGGCCAGCCUGCUGACCUCUGACCCCAUGGCUCGCCUGCCGCUCUCCUGUCUACUCACUCACGAGUUUUUCAGGAAUGACUUUCUGGACAUCAUGAACUUCCUGAAGAGUUUGACUCUGAAAUCCGAGGAGGAAAAGAACGAGUUCUUUAAGUUUCUUCUGGACCGGGUUCACAGUCUCCCAGAAGAACUCAUCGGGGCCCGGUUGGCCCCUAAGCUGCUGAACUCCUUGGUACUGGCGGAAGCCACGGCUGUGAGAAGCUUCCUGCCUCACCUGCUACGUCCUAGGAAGGAUUCGAGUGUGGGGGUUGGGGAUGAGUUUCUGCUGUCCUUGCCGAUGUAUCGGAGGUACGUGGUCCCACAGCUUCUCAAGCUCUUCAGAGUGAACGAGGAACAUGUCAGGAUGGUCCUCCUCUCCCAUAUGAACAUCUACGCAGAGUUCUUCACACACGACGAACUCAAGAACCACAUCCUACCUCAGGUGUUGCUGGGAAUGCGGGACACGAGCGACACUCUGGUGGCCAUAACGCUGCAGAGCCUGGCUGUGCUGGUUCCGUUGCUGGGGGCACAAGUGGUAGUGGGUGGCGAGAGGGCCAAAGUCUUCAAACGGACCACGCCAAACUUCACCAAGUCGGCGGAAGGCACCCCAGAAACUUCGCCGGUCCACGCCAUCGGCACGUCGGUUCCUCACGUCUCGCAGCCCUCCAAGGUUUUCCUGUUUUCGAAGCCAUCCAGAGAGGGCAGAGAGCUGGUUCUGGAUGACCUGCCCUGCCUCCAGCCAAUCGGAGGACACACUGCUGUCCUACGCACCCCUAUAGCGGAGACAGGGGAGCCGGACAGGAACGGCAGUGCUGCGGUGAGACCUGACGAGGCGUGGCCAGACUGGGGUGACGUGGAUGAGACACCUUUCCUGAUCCGCACGCAGCCCAAGGAUGGCGGUCCUACACCGCUGGUCACCAUAGCCGACGGCGUGGACGAACCCUGGGACGAUUUUGAGGAUUCGGAGGUUACCUUGGACCGUUCGCUUUGCCCAGUCUCUAGAGAUGCUCGAGUGGAUUCUGCAGCCACAUCUGGUUCUGGACAAGAACGGCUGUCUAAAGCACUCAAGCUGAGUUGUGGUGGGAAGCCAGCUCCAGAGCAGAAGAACGCCCCAUGGACUUCAGGCUGGAUCCAGACUGUAGAAGACCCCAAAGUCGCCAAACUGAGUUUGACCACGGAGCCCAAACCCAAAGACCCUCACAGGAGAGCAGCAACCACAGGCCUGGGGGAAGAGUUCACCAUCAAAGUGAAAGCACGACCCCACAGUGACCCAGAGCUGGACUUCUUCGCUGAUAUGGUCCCAGACAUAAAACUCUCGUCAGGCAACGCGCUCUUUCCCUCAAACGGGUUGCUGAGCAAUGUGGAGGUCAGCCCCGAGGCUCACCACACACACCCCGCUCUGGACACACUGGGACUGACGGCCAGGUUUGCUGCAGUGGACCUGACUGAGACCGGAGUAGAGGGUUGGGGUGACGACAUCAACUGGGAGGAGAGUGACUGGUGAACUCUGACCCCUACGCAUAACUUCAUGAAAGGCCAUGCAAGACAAAUCCGUUUACCGAGGUGGUGUGAACACGAAGCAGACGAACCCAAUUCACACUAGCCAAUCGCUGCUGUCAGCACAGAUGCAGCUGUUCAGUGCUGCUGGACUGGGACCUUCUACGCCAACAUUAGUUAUGACUCAAUGCUCGUCCACUUUAAUCUGCAUCACGGUUCGUUUGGACCAGCUUACCUGUGGCAGUUUUUUUUUUUUUUUUAAUAGAUUGUUGAGAUUUACAUCCAUAAUGUGAAGUCAUGUGCUCAAAGUAACGAACAACGGACGAGUUUCAUUUGUGCUCUAGUAAUUCACACUGUCAACACCUAUCACAAUAGCCAUAGAAAUCUGGAAUGUGUCAUUUAAGAAGCAGGUGUUUGGCAUUCUAAGGGAGAGGCAUUAAGGAUAUCUCAUUUUGGCAGAGUUUCUGGCACUACUACCCAGACUGAAAGCAUCUGUUGGCUGCCCUGCGCCAUGUAAACCAUGUAGGAAGAUUGUUUGCCAAACAUAGCUCGGAACAUGAAGGGGAAUUUCACAGGAGUUGUGAAGUUUCCAUAAAUAUUUUUUGGGCCGUGCACCUCCUCCAUGUUUUACAAGCCUUCAGAGUAAGGCAAUACGAAUAUUAAAAAUAGAUCUAUAAUAUAUUGUUUAUACACAUUUAUUUGAUUUUGGGGUGGGGCUGUGUGUGCGUGAGCGUGAAAGAAAAUGAUUAUUUGUAUUGACAGCUGCUGAUGGAAUAAAGUGGUUUAUGGUA